AUGCAGAGGAAACCUGAUGCUAUCUGUGCAGAUCAAAAUAACCAAUUUUUAACAACCGUCAUCCCUCACAAAUAUCUACUCCUUAAACCACCCAAUUCCAAUGAAACCAUAUUCCCACCCACCAUCAUACAAAAUGCCGCUUCUAACUCCAAUUCCCACAUUUCCCCUCCUUCACAAACCCAAUUUCAACGCAGGUUACUUGAGACCCUUAUCCAAUCACAUCUAUGCUUCGCAUUUCCAUCCAAUCACGAACCAUUCAACGAGGAGACCCGGUGGCUGAGGGAGGAGCAGCGGUGGUUGAGGGAGGAGUCGCGGUGGAAUGCCGAGCGCCAAUCAUUGCUGCAAGAGAUAAACAGCCUUAAGCUCAGAAUUCAAGACCUCGAGAGCCUUAAUUCUCUCAAGGGCGCCUCUGUUUCUGACACCGUCGGAAAUAUUGCCAAAUUGCUGCAGGCACUCAAGGUGGGAGAUUUAAAGAAGAAUGUGAACAAAAUUGCUGAGAGUGGAACUAGUGCUCUUCCGUUAGUGGUUGAGACAGCUACAGAGGAGGAGGAAAUUGUCGUAAAGGAAGUGAUCAGUACUCCAGAAAAGAAGGAACAUGUGUUAAAAUGUGCAACAUUGAGAGUAGGAUCAGGAGGAGAUGAAGUCGGGGCAAUGCAGGGAGCCUUGCAGAAACUUGGGUUCUACUCAGGUGAAGAGGACAUGGAAUUUUCUAACUUCUCAAGUGGCACUGAACGUGCUGUUAAAACAUGGCAAUCAACAUUAGGAGUGCGUGAAGAUGGCAUUAUGACAGCUGAUCUUCUGCACAGGUUAUUUGGAGCUUCUGAAUCGGGAAUCACCAAAAAGGAAGAACCUAAAUCAACUGACCAAGUGAAGGGAGCCAAUGGAGGCCCGGUUGUAACAGGCGAAGGUGUAACAGAAGUUGGGGCAUCUCGAGCUAGAGUCUUUCUUCUUGGAGAGAAUAGGUGGGAAGACUCUUCAAGGCUCUCUGGUGGUAGCAAAAGAAUAGUCAAAAGUGCAAAUGAAAAUUCAGCUACCAAGUGCCUUACCUGUCGUGGAGAAGGCCGCUUAUUGUGCAUGGAAUGUGAUGGAACUGGGGAGCCAAAUAUUGAGCCACAGUUUAUGGAAUGGGUUGAUGAAGGAGAUGCGAAGUGUCCUUACUGUGAAGGGCUUGGAUAUACAAACUGCGAUCUCUGUGAGGGCCAAGGGAAGACCUCCUCUAGCUUUUGAUGCCUAUAUAUAUAUAUACACAUAUAUAUGCAUGUUCUUAUGGUACAUAUAUCAUUUUCACUUUCUUAUAUCUGCAGAAGCUAUUUUGCAAUGUUAUCCUUAUUAAAUGUUUAGUCAUACACCACCCUGUUGACACUUUCCAUUUGAAACAUGAUGUUGAUAUAUGACUAGUUUUAUAGGGAGACGUGGUUGUUCUUAUCUAAAUGAAAGAUAAACUUCAAUUCAAACACACCCAAAAA